AUGGCGCCCCUGACUCGCCUACGCGCCGAUGAGGAUCAUACCCCACUCCCGUUCUCAAAAACAUACUACGAGCAACGCGCCUCAGUACCAGGAACAAUGAUCAUAGCUGAAGCGACCCUAAUCUCCCCGUCCAGCGGCGGAAUCCCCAACGGGCCAGGAAUCUACACGGAAUCCCACAUCCAAGCCUGGAAAGAGAUUACAGACGCUGUGCACGCCAAGGGCAGUUAUAUCUUCUGCCAAUUGAUCGCGCUUGGCCGGGCCGCGGAUCCAAGUACAUUGCAGAAGGAGGGCGGGUAUGAGGUGCUCGCUCCGAGCCCUAUCGCCAUGGAAGCUGGGAUGCCUGUGCCGAAUGAGUUGAGCGAGGAACAGAUCCGGAGUAUUAUUGGGGAUUUCGGUGUCGCCGCGAAGAAUGCCAUUCGGGCUGGGUUUGAUGGGGUUGAGGUUCAUGGUGCUAAUGGGUAUCUUGUUGAUCAGUUCUUGCAAGAUGUGUCGAAUCAACGGACGGAUGGAUGGGGUGGGAAUGUUCCGAAUCGCGCGAGAUUCGGUUUGGAGGUUGCUAAGGAGUUGGUUGAAGUUGUUGGGGCUGACCGUGUUGGAUUCCGUCUUAGUCCGUGGAAUACAUGGCAGGGGAUGAAGAUGGUUGAUCCUGUUGCUCAGUUUGAAUAUCUUGUUGAGCGGUUGAAGGAGCUUAAGCUCGCAUAUCUUCAUCUGAUUGAGUCUCGUGUGAUCAACAAUGUGGACUGUGAGAAGACUGAGGGGAUUGAUUUCCUUUUGGAUAUUUGGGGGAAGACAUCUCCUGUUCUUGUUGCCGGUGGGUAUAAGCCGGAGAAUGUCGAUGUUGCUUUUGAUGAGUACAAGGGCAAUGAUGUUGCUGUUGUGUUUGGCCGGCAUUUCCUUUCGAACCCUGAUUUACCCUUCCGUCUGAAACAUCAGCUUCCACUCAAUCGGUAUGACCGGGAUAGUUUCUAUGCGGCUAUGCAAGAAGCCGGGUAUGCGGAUUAUCCAUUCAGUCCGGAGUUUUUGGAGAGGGGGACGUUGAGUGUGUGCUGA